CUUUGCUUCCAGCAAAAGCACACUAAGCAUUCUUUCUCUCGUUUUUUUGAGUGCUCCAUUGUAAGAAGACGUAAGUAAAUGAGGUGACAGAAAACUUUUUUUUCAAUGUUUUCUCUUUAUGAAGAAAUUAUACGCGAGUCUUAUUUAAGGAAUUUUAGGACUUACCAAGCAAAAAUACAGUCACAGUAUAUUGCAUGUAGCAAGGAAUGAGACAAAGGUAAAAACUUCAAACUUUUCAGCUCUCGCCUGGAAUCUUGACAACCUCUGACAAGGAUUUAAUUGUCUGUGUCUCCCUGCUAGAAAAGCAAGUUAUUGUAUUCUAAAGCAACUGCAGACAAGUUGCUGAACACGUUAACAGCAGAAAGACUAAUUACUUCAAAACAUUUCUGAGGACUGAAGACUAUGCAGCAACUUUAUUCUUUGCAAAUAAAGCUGAUCACAUCUAAGUCUGAGUGUCUAUUCAAAGCACUGCUGCUCUGGUUAUGAGAUAUUCAUGAAUGAAGAAACUCUUCGGAGCCAUUUAUAGUUGAUGCAAUAUUAAGGAAUACAAGGCAUCAUCUACUGUCAAAAAAUCAUCAUGUCAACCGAGGGUCGAUUCAAGUGUAUAAGAAGUUUCUUGCUGAUCACCGGAAUAGUCAUGGUUGUUGUUGGUGUGAUACUUCUUGGAUUCUCCUUUCAGUUUACUACUGUUGGUUCAGUUAUACUCAGCAUAGGUGCGGGUAUUAUCUUAAUUUACCUUCUCACUUACUUUAUACAAGUCGUGAGACGCUGCAACGAGAACCCUGCAACACUGGAGUCUCGUGUUGAGGAUGGGCAUACAGGAAGAGAAAACAUGGCAAGUAACAGUCCGAAUUAUGCUGUCCCAAGUUAUGCAGAGGUAGUUGGAAUGGGCACUGUGCAGGAAUCUGCCUGGACCAGCACAGAAACUGAAGCGCCACCCUCCUAUGAUAUCGUCAGUGAAAAUCAUUAUGCAGCAGAGUCUACUACAAAUGUGGAUACUGAAAAUAAUGAUCAGCCGAACACACAAGAAGUUAUUCAAGGCCAGCCCUCUGACCAAGAAAACACAGAAAUGUUUUCACAGGACAAUCACCAUCCUGUUUCAGAAUUGAGAAGACACAUAGACAGAGAGCAUCUCCACCUGCAGCUUGACACCCCCCCAAUACUGCGCCGUAUCAAUUCUGACAUCCAUGACCUGAAAGGUGCUAUGGAACACCAGGUACAUCUGGAGCCUCUCACUCCUCCUCCACUCUAUGAAGAUAUACUGAAUGAGGGUGUUUUCCAGAGCAUUGGCCAACCACCUUGACAUUUAAAAUCUAUUGUGAAGGUUUAGACAAAUUUGCAUUAUUGUCCUACACCUAUUUAGGAGGUAUCUGCAGUUAUGUGAAGAGAUACAUAAGUGGAUGAGAACAUAAUUAACUGCGUACAGGCUAGCUGAGCUUCUCAUUAAAUGAUAGUUUUUAUCAAAUGAAAUGACUUGUAUCAUAACUUAAUUAUAUGUCACUUUAUGGGAUUUUAUUCCAUGUUACCUCAAAGGUACACACUACUGAUCUUCCAGACCCAUCAAUCACAGUGUUAAGAGAUAAAAGAAAGAGAAAGAAAAAAAACGGCUAUACAAAACGAUCAAGAAAUGCUAAGUACACCAAAUCAAGGUUUACUAAAAACAGGACACUAAUCUCUGCACUGACUGAAACAUUUCCACUGGGGGUAGAAUCCCUCAGCGACAAGCAGGAGAGUUAUGCCCCCCACAUUUGCAUAAACUAAAUAUGCAAUUUUUCAAGGUCGCAGUGUUUUGAGAAAUAUUAUAUUUUAAUUUAAAGGUCUGUUUCAUGAAGAAUUUGUUUGGUAUCUUGGUUUUCACUGAUUUUGUAUAGAACAGAUCAAUCAAAAUAACCAUGAGCUAUGGCAGAUUUGAAGAAGUGUACUGCAGAAUUUACACUGUACAGUGCACUGAACUAAGGUAAACUAAGGUAAAUCUGAAGGUAUGAUAGCAACUAGUCAAAAAAGUUUCAAAAUCUCAGGACAGUUAAUGUUCAGAUGUGAUAUGUUAGUGUUCACAUUUGAAAGUUUACACGUUUAUAUAUUUGUGAAAGAACUGUCCUCAUCUGAAAAAAAAUUAAUAUAAAAUCUUAACUGUUUUGUGACUAACAAGAUAAUUUAAAUAGGAGAGAUCCAAAUGUCUUUGGCUUUAUAAAUAGACAACAGAAUAGGCUACUUUUGGUGACAAAAAUGGAUUUGCAGGUAAAACAGUAGUUCACUCAUAGUAUUAAAAGCCCAAAGAAGUUUGGAGACAGACAGUCCCAAAACGUUUAUUAUGUCUGUCUCCUCUUUGCAAUGGUCAAUGUCCUAAAAUGCCUUAAGCUGUAAUGGGCAACACACUUCCUGACUACAACAGCUCUCCUACCUGCCCUGGAUUACACAAGGCAACAGUGAUAUGCAGAGUAUUCUAAUCAAGCAAUAAUGCCUGACAGGAUGUGUGCUAAUGUGUAAUUAAUGCCAACCCAGGGGUGUUAUGAGGCCCGACGCCACAGGCGGAUGGCCUGUACACCCCUGGAAGGGCAUUAAUUAUAUAUUAACACCACAACCUGGAGGGCAUUAUUGUGCUU